UGCGGGCGCUUUGGGACCGAGAAUCUCAGGCAGUCUCGCCUCCCACUGCGUCCCCUCCGGAGCCGCUGGGGCGCAUGAUGGCUGCGGCAGCUGUUGCGGAGGUGAGCAGCGCCAGCAGUAGCAGCAGCGAUACCUCUAGUGCGGGCGAGGAGGAGAGGAUGAGGCGGCUCUUCCAGACCUGCGACGGCGAUGGGGAUGGCUUCAUCAGCAGGAAUGACUUGCUGAUUGUAUGCUGCCAGCUGAAUAUGGAGGAGUCUGUCACAGAGAUCAUGCACCAGCUGGGAGCAGAUGAAAAUGGGAAAAUUUCCUUCCAGGCUUUUAGCCAAUGCCGCAUGGAACUGGUACGAGAAAUCAGGAAGGAGGAAGUGGACCUCUCUGUGAAGUCGGAUGACCCUUGCAUAAAGAAAAAGUUAAGGGAUGAGAUAGCUUCCUGGCCAACUAGCAGUAAUAACAGUUUAGGUGCCUUAUCAGGAGCCAGAGAAAGCUGGGAGUAUGAUUCAGGAGCAAGAGACCUUCAGAGUCCAGACCUCCAGAGUAAUUUUACACUACAAAAGGUGUUGGAAUAUGGUGGAAGCAAUGAGACCCGACAGGCUUCCCUGCAAAGACUUCUAAAUCAGGCCUCAAGUUUUAGCAGCUCUGUUGGAGGAAGCUACUUAGAACUUGUCAACACUCAUAUCAAGUUCAGGCUUAGAGCCUUUGAGCCUUCAUGGAAACAAUGCUACGCUGCUGCUGCUGCCGCCUUUCAUUUACCAGAAAACUCAUGUGAUUUUAGCAGUUGGUAGGUGUAUAGUAUUUCCAAAGCUUGUAUAAUUGAGUUUCAUUGAAAAGGGUAGGAAUCAUGAGGUGCUAAAUUGAACUUCUUAAUUUAUACAAUUUAACAGAAGAUGUUUUUUAUGUGGCGCUUACGGACAUGGUUUAGUGGUGGUCUUGGCAGUGCUAGUGUAGUGAUUGGACUCAAUGAUCUUAAAGGCCUUUGGCAACCUAAAUGAUUCCAUGAUUCUAAGAUUUGUGCCUGAAAACCUCUUAUCAAUUAAUGUUUUUUAAGUAUGGUGUCACAUUGCUCAGAAGUGUUGUGCAGAAAAAUUCUUCAUAUGUUAUUUCAUUACUUAAUUAUUUGAUAAUUUUUUUAAACCCUUGGUGAGCUAGCACUUUGCUUUUUUAUUUCUACAGGCAACAACUAUUCUCCCCUGUAAAAAAUCUGUAACUAUUGUGCGUUCCACUGUAUUGCUGUCAAGCUUAUAUUUUAAUUUUAAGCCAGAUGUGUUAUAAAAGACCACCUAUUUUGUAGCAUGUUUCUGAUUUAUGCUUUACAGGAGUUUGAGUGGAGAAGUAAAAGAUGUUAACAUGAAAAUUAAAAGUUUCUAAUUUUUAAAAUGACUUUAUUUGCAUGCUUGACUUUGAAACAGUCUUGUAGUUCAUGGUAUUACAGGAUAAUUCAGGCUGUAAGACAACCUCAGGUGGCCAUCUAGUCCAACAUCCAGUUUAACACUUAAUGUCUUAAUGGAGGUGGUGUCUGGCAACAGAGGAAAAUCAAUUCUUUAACUGCUUUAAAUUCUUGUAUUACUUGAAAAGAAAAUGAUGAAAAAUAUUCUGGAAGUGUUUUCGAAGGCCUUCUAAGUUUUAUUUAAGUUCCUGAAUAUGGGCUGAUAUAUGACCUAAAAUUUCCAUAUUCAGAGUAGAAAUAUGUAGAUAUUAAAACUUAUCUAAGGGAGAAAAAAGUUCAAGCAAGUUGACAGUCCCUUAAAGGAAUUGUGUCCUCAUUUUUCCUAAGAAUGAUAGUAAGGGAUGAAGUGUGGUUAAUCAUAAACUCUUUGAUCUUCAAAAAUGGACAGAACCAUAUGGAAACUGGAAAGAGCAGAAAAAUGGGCAGGCACACAUAUAUUGUAGAGAGGUUAAAAUGAAGGGCCUGGGAAAUUAUAGGUCAGUUAGCAGCUUUAAUUAUACUUUCCAGCAGUUUUCUGGAAAUGUGAGCAAACUUAAAUGACCAAGAGGCAACAUGUGGAUUUGUAAAAGAACAAUCAUAUCCAUCUAACCUAAUAUCUCUAUUAACAGUUGGAGUACUUCCUCACACUGAAAACUGCUCUCACAAUAAUCCGCUAAAAAGAUGCAAGUCUAGGUCUAAGGAGGAUAAUGGGUGAAUCAAUGUUUGUUCAGUUACAUGUGUUCUGUAGCAUUGGUUGACUUGCUUAAAUAUUAGCGUUUUGAAAGGACAUGAGCUGUUGCACACCUGAUUAGUUUAAAGGAUGUACAAUGCACUUUGACAGACGUUUUAAGUAGAGCUGCUUAAGAGAAAUAUAGCUGGCAAAAAGAAUGACUUGCAUACUUUUUUCCUGGAUUAGAAAAUGUUAGUUGCUGUGUCCUAUUUGGAUCUGGAGUUCAUUCAGGUUUCAAAGUGGGUAUGCACUUUGUAUGUCCUCUGUCUAUGCUCCUGGCUGAUGAUGGUUCAGAAAUCAUAGGCUUUGGUAACUUCUUGCACAUUUGCAAAUAUAAAGACACAGGUGUGCAGUGUUUCUAGAAUGCACAGUGUGAAGGCUACUGCAGUCCUGUGAUGUGUAGAAAUCUUAAAAAUAAAAAUGCUGAAGGCUGAUAUGAAAUAAAGGUCUCUGGGUCUUACAUUUUUCUGUCA